AUGUCUGAAAAGUUAUCAGAACAGCAAAUAGCUGAAUUCAAAGAAGCCUUUUCUUUGUUUGAUAAGGAUAGUGAUGGAAAAAUCACCACCAAAGAAUUAGGUUCAGUCAUGAGAUCUUUGGGUCUUAACCCAUCAGAAAGUGAAUUGACAGAUAUGAUAAAUGAAGUUGAUGUAAAUAGUGAUGGAUCUAUAGACUUUCCUGAAUUUUUAACCAUGAUGGCUAGAAAAAUGAAAGAUACCGAUAGUGAAGCAGAAAUUGCUGAAGCUUUUAAAGUAUUUGAUAGAAAUGGUGAUGGUAAAAUCAGCGCCACUGAAUUAAAACAUGUUUUAACAACCAUUGGUGAAAAAUUGACUGAUAGUGAAGUCGAUCAAAUGAUUAGAGAAGCUGAUAUUAAUAAUGAUGGAGAAAUUGAUAUCACCGAAUUUACUCAAUUAUUGGCCCAGAAAUAA